UACGUAUAUAAAUCACCGCAGCCCUGGUACCUUGAAUUGCUAUUUUUGGCUGAUAAAAAUUUAUAAAAAUCAUCGCGUACGCAUCCGGCCGCCUAUGAUUAAGUGUUGAGUGAUCACAGACACCCUUGACCUAUUCGCCGCCAGGCGGAGAUAAAUGCCGUGGGCCCAGCGUGGCCACGUAGUGAUUCACGACGUUGACAUUGAAAAACAAAUGCAAUGCCAGCACAGUGGGCGUGAGCAGCGGAAGGGAGGAGCAGUUGCCAGGAAGGGCAAGGAUUCAGCGCAAGGACACGGUCGAUAGGAGCAGCUGCCCCACUGUCCAGCGGCCACGAUGCCCUGCGAAAGCUGCGGCGUGGAAUUCACGGUUUUUCGUCGCAAGCGCGCUUGCUUCGAUUGCAAACGCUACUACUGUGCCAACUGCAUUGCGUCCAGGCGCUGCCAACGGUGCUCUGUUUUCGCCCAGCGGCCUCUGCUAAAGACAGAUCUGUUAAAGCUCAAGCCCAAGGACCUGAUUUUCUAUCUGCAGUCCAAGCACAUCUCCACUGAAGGCUGCCUAGAGAAAGAGGAGCUGGUGGGCCUCGUCCUCACCCAUGUCGCCCAGGUGGACAGGGGCCGUGGCUCGAAUGCAUCCUCCAACAGCCCGGGUCGUGGCCAGGCCAACCCCAUCGACAGCCUUAAACAGUCGUGCCAAAACUUCUUUUCCAACCUGAGCGACAACAUAAGUGAUUCGCUAGCCUCGUUCGAUUCCAAAGUCGCUGCAAAGCCGCCGGAGAGCAGGCAGCCAGAGGCGCCCUCCCACAUCUUCGAGCAGCCGAGGGUCUCCACUCGCGAGAUUCCCACUUACGCCAGUGCCGUCAACGGCGGGCCACAACGCGUCCAUGUGCAUCAGGGGGCAGCCACCACCACCAAUGGGGGAAGCCAGAGCAGCAGCAGUCCUUCAACUUCCACGCAGGCAUCGAAUAAUCGCGAUGCCAGAAGUAGCAGCCAGGCCCAGGCGGCCCGUCAGCAGGAGGAGGAGGAGGAUAGAGAAGAGCAGGAGGAGGCGCACAGCAAGUCCGACUGCGAGUGUUCAGACGAUGAGAUUAUGGCCACGUUCAGUGAGCGCGUGUCCUUGUCGCUCAAAACCGACACCAGUGCUCGGGUGAUCAAAGUACCCGCAGCGCCCAGUCCCGCUGGUCAGGUGGGUGGAGACGUUGGACCUUCCGGCACCACAGCUGCUAGUCCGGGCUGCUCCAAGCCGGGCUCGAGCAGCUCCAAAGCGGAUGCCUCCUCGCAGUCAAGCUUUGAGGAGCUGGGCGCCAUCGGUGGCAUCUCUGACGAGAGCAAGGCCACCACGGACACAAACAGCAGUCACCUGGAUCAGUGGCAGGUGCUUGAAGUAAACCGGAUCGAGGCGGUGGAGGAGACGCCUACCACGAGUGCCGCCGAGGAGAUCUUGGAGGUCACGCUGCGCAGCAGACCAGCGGUGGAGGGCGAGGAAGGCCAGAUGGGCGAGAGCACUCAAACGCUGAACAUAGAGCAGCGCCCGGCCAACCCAAGUCCAGCGUUCCAUCCCGCCGUGCCGCAGCGCUCAAAGAAGGUGACCCGCCGACGCUCUGAUGGUUACUUGAAUCGUCGCUACCAUUCUAGCGAUGACGAGUCCCCGGUGGCGCCAGGAGGAACUGGUCUCAGCCUGGGGCUCUCGACCCUUAGCGAACAGCCGGAGCACGGCCUGCAUGCGCACUCUCAUCGCCAGAGCUGCCACCGCUGCGGUAAGAACAAGACGAACAUCCGUCGCCAUGUGGAGAAAAUGCGACGCCAUCUGGAGAACUCGCAGAUGUCCGAAGAGGACAUCAAACGGGAGCUGCAGGAGUUCCUCACGUACCUGGAGCAGCGCACCAAGUCAGUGGAGGUCUCCGACGCCGACAGUCAUGCGGUGUCUCCUCUCAGCGUGGACGCGAUCAGCGUGGCUGCUGGCGGAAGAUCCCCGGACAUGCCCAUCACGCCGACAAUCGAGUUCUCGCCCACGCAGGACGAUGAUAUCCGCUGGGACGACGAUGAGGGGAUCCACGUGUAUCCGGCACCGUCGGACUUUGAGCCGGCCACUUGCUGUGACUCGCGUUUCGUCAAUUUGGAAGACUUUGAGGAUUUAAAAGACUUGGAGAGUUUGACGGUGAAGCAGUUGAAGGAGGUGCUCAUGCUGCACCGUGUCGACUACAAAGGCUGUUGUGAGAAGCAGGAGCUGCUCGACCGCGUCAGCAGGCUGUGGAAAACCAUGCGUGAGACUCCAGCCGUUGAGAAACUGCCUACGGACGAGCUCUGUAAGAUUUGUAUGGACGCGCCGAUUGAGUGCGUUUUCCUGGAGUGCGGGCACAUGGCCACCUGCACAAGCUGUGGAAAAGUGCUGAACGAGUGCCCGAUUUGCCGACAAUACAUUGUACGAGUUGUAAGAUUUUUUAGAGCGUAAUGAUACGGCUAAUGGUGACUGGACAUGGUGCAAGCUGGACGCCUACCACGAGGCACAUCCCGCUGGGCGGACUACAGCGUAUUUGUUUCCUUAAACGACGCGACUGCAACAAUAAUAUUAAUUUGAGUAAUUGUUUCUACUGUGUAGUAUGUUGCCAGUAUAUAUGCGUAUAUAUAGUGAACACCCCGAUACCGCUUUCAAAGUGUAUUUAUCUAUUUCAAAUGUGAAAUACUUUUGCUAUUUAUUUUGUUUGUUCUUGUUGUUUGUAUAAAAACGAGAGGUUAUCUAGAUCAACUAACAUUCCUAUAAGCCGCAAAAAAGAUUAAAUCUGUUAUUAACAGUUGUGAAAAA